AAAAAAAUAUUUUAAAAAAACUGCGCUAAGGAGAACCGAUCCACAGUCCUGCUUGAGAUGAGAGGACUCACGCUUAGAAAUGUUUGCCACUGUGGCUUAUUUACUUAUCUCGUCUUGUUCUCUUUCAUGUCUUUGAGUGCUGCUGUCAGUUUCGACUUGACUGAGCUGAGGAAUAAAGUUGCGAAAAUCAAAGUAAAUCCUAGAGGCAAUCUUUGGGCAACAGGGCAUUUUAUGGGGAAGAAAAGUGUGAUGGAAACCCCUCUGCUGCCUUCCCCCGAGGAGCGGGCUGUGGGUGCGCUGGAAGUCAGUCUCCCGGCCGCGCAGAGCUCGCUUGGGGAGCUUUUCCAAGAGUUUCUGCGGGUGGCGUUAAAGGCGCAGGUGGACACAGACGAGAGCCGUUUGAAAAAUCAGGAAGCGGAGUUUCUAGCGAAGAUCUUAGAAAACUACAUCCAGAGCAAAAAGUGACGAUGAAGUUUGGCGGUGGCACGCAUGGACUGGAGACCUAAAAUGAUUUGCAAAUAAAAUAUCCAGAAACAAGCUAUUAUUUUUCUGCUCGUAAUGAUUAAAAUCUGCUGUAACCACCAACC